AUGGCUGAACAAAUUCCAUUUGCUGUUACUUCAAAUCUCAUUCACAGGUUGGCCUCCUCUGAUCUUAUAGAAUUUGGAGAACAGUAUGAUGUGAAGGAAGAGUUCGAAAAGCUUAAGAAGACAAUUGAAUCUAUCAAUGAUGUGCUCCUUGAUGCUGACCACAAACAAGAACAAGUUCGUGUGCGAAAUUGGAUAAUGCACUUCAAAGAAGUACUUCAUCGCGCAGAUGACUUGUUGGAUGACCUUGCUAUCGAAUUUAUGCGACACAAAUUGGAUGCAGGACAUGGAAAACAAGUAAACAAGGCACUUUAUUCCUAUUCAUCUUCAAAUCGAACUAAUUUUCCCAUUCAAAUGGCUGAAGAAAUUAGAGAAACACGAGAAAGUUUUGAUGCUGUAGUAGAAGACAUGUAUAAAUUGAAUUUAUGCCCAAGAUCUAUUGUGGUCAAGCAAACUGACAGUGGAUGGAGAGAAACAUGCUCUUAUGUAUUAGAGACAGAUAUCAUUGGAAGAGAUGAGACCAAAAAGGAGAUUAUUAGUCUGUUGAAACAACCUCAUGAAAACCAAGAAGUUUCCGUGGUUGCCAUUGUUGGCCUUGGUGGUCUGGGGAAGACAGCUCUUGCACAAUUGGUGUAUAAUGACUUGGAAGUGCAGAAUUCUUUUGAAAUGCAAAUGUGGGUGUGUGUCUCUGAUAACUUUGAUGUCAAAAAUAUUCUGAAGAAAAUAUUAGAAUCAAUUACUGAUAGCCAAAGACAAGACCAAUCGUUAGAGAAGUUGCAAAGAGAGCUUCAUAAAAAUUUAAGUGGUAAGAAAUAUUUGUUGGUCCUGGAUGACAUUUGGAAUGAGAGACGUGACAAAUGGGCUGAGUUGAGAAAGUACUUGAUGUGUGGCGCUCAAGAUAGCAAGAUUUUAGUGACAACUCGAAGUGAAAAUGUAGCCAAGACAAUGAGUUGUAGCACUUCCUAUCCUUUGAGAGGUUUGACAGAUGAGGCAUCUUGGAGUUUGUUGAAGAACAUUGCAUUUGAGGAUGAUUCCAAAGGAGUAAAUCAAAAUCUAGAAUCAACGGGGAAAGAAAUAGCCAAAAAAUGUAAAGGGGUUCCACUGGCAGUUAAAGCGCUGGGAGGCCUGUUACAAGGACAAAAUGAACAAAGUGAAUGGGAGAAGGUUUUACGUGGUGACUUCUGGAAAUUAUGUGAAGAGCAAACUAGUAUCAUGCCAAUUCUAAAACUCAGUUACGAAAACUUGUCCCCAAAAAUGAGACAAUGUUUUGCUUAUUGCUCUUUAUAUCCCAAAGAUUCAAGAAUUUCAAAGAAUGAGUUGAUUCAGUUAUGGAUGGCACAAGGUUACCUUAUAUGUUCAACUAAAGAGGAGCACAUGGAAGAUAUUGAAGCAAAGAGCGAUAAAUACGGUGAGAUCACUAGUUUCAAAAUGCACGAUUUAAUGCAUGAUCUUGCAAUACUUGUUGCUGGCAAUGAUUGCUGUUACUUGGACAGUAAGGCGGCAAAAGUUGAAGGCAGUCCCGUGCACGUAUCACUGAAAUCUUCUAAGGCCAUUCGUUUGUUGAAAUCAUUAGAUCCGACCAGGCUGCGAACUUUGAUUUUGCCGUAUGACUUUAAAGCGGAGAAAUAUCAGUCGGUUAUUGCAAAGUUCAAAUACUUGCGUGUCUUGAAGAUUGAGAAAGUGUGGGCUUUCGUUCUCUCGGAUUCCACUGCAAAUUUGAAGCAUUUAAGAUACCUUGCAAUUGUGGGCUUUCGUUCUGUCCUCGAAAAUGUUGUUCACAUCUCUCUCUUUGGAUUUCGUAAUUGUCGCUGUCUCCCGCCGUUGGAACAUCUCCAGUCACUGAAGUCACUUAAGAUAGCAGAUCUUUCUGAAUUGGAAUACAUAGAUCUUGAUGAAGAUGAUUCUGCAGUAACCUUCUUCCCCUCUUUAGAGAGCCUCAAAUUAGAGUGGUGCUCUAGUCUCAGGGGAUGGCGGAGGCGGGGAGAUGAUAUCAAUGAGAAUUCACACAAUCUCCCCUUACCUCUUUCAUUUCCUCGUCUUUCUCAACUACAUGUCUCUUCCUGUCCAAAGUUGACUUGCAUGCCAACUUUUCAUAAAGUUAAGGAUUUAGAGUGGUGUAGAUCUAGUGCAGAGCCAUUAAUAGCAGCACUAAACACAGCAGCGUCAACAUGCUCAGAUGACUCAUCUUCCUCCGCUGCUCCUUUUUCCAUGCUCAAACAAUUGACGAUUUCUCAUCUUACGAAUUUUCCAAAGGGUUGGAUGCAAAAUCUGACUUCUCUCGAGUCUCUUCAAAUUGGACGGCAUGAAAGUGAAACGCUAAAGGAAUUUGAAACUGAGUUUAAGGACGACACCAACUGCCUUCCUUCUCUGCUUAAAAUCAGCAUACAGUUGUGUAAAAUAAAGGCUUUGCCAAAUUGGGUUUGCAACCUCUCAUCGCUUCAGCAUAUCAGAGUCUCAUCUUGCCGAAAUUUGUCAUCGCUGCCCGAAAGAAUGAGUUGUCUUACCAACUUAAAAAUCUUUGAGGUCUAUCGCUGUCCCCUUUUACUUAAAGAAUGCAGAACAGAGACAAGUACUGUUAGUCGCCAAAUUGCACACAUCCCACGAAUUAUCCUUCGCUGA